AUGGGCCACUUCGGUCAAAAAGUACUCAACGCCUUAGGCGUCAAUCACUCCCACGACCAGCAACAAACCCCACCAUACGGAGGAAAUGGAGGAUACGGAGGAUACCCUGGCGGGCCACCACCACCACCACCACCAGGUGGCCAAUUCCCCCCAAUCCCCCCCGGACAUCCAGGUCCCCAACACCCAGGUCGUGGUCUAGUGAACAAUGAUGAACGUGCACUCUCUUCUCACCCUAACCGAGGAACCUACCCACGUCUUGCCCGACUCUCCGAUGGCUCCAUUCUCUCCUCCUUCACACGCUUCCCAGACGGACAACGCGCUCUUUGCGUGGCACGCAGCACCGACAAUGGACACACCUUCGAAAACAUCUCCGAAGUGACCCGCGCCGCAGGCGAUGUCGAUAACAUGUUCCUCUGUGAGGUGGGACCGGGAGUUGUCCUCGCAGCCUUCCGCAACCACGAUAAAGGAGACAACGGCCCCACGCACUUCCGGAUCACCGUUUGUAGGUCCACGGACGGCGGCAACACGUGGCGCUUUGCAUCGCAAGCCGCGGAGAAAAAAACCCCCAUUUGGAAUCUGGGAACCUUUUAUGCGUGUGGGUCGGAGGGGCGAGGUCCAACUGACCUACUCCGAAGAAUUCGCCCAUAA